CUGAUCAACUCAGACCCUCACAGUCCUGAUGAAGCAGGUUAGCUGCGUUUUUUUUACCGUUAAACUCGGCUAAACUUAAACCUAAAGAUACUUUAUUUUGAUUGCUGCCUUGUAGUCAUGGAUAUUUAAAGCUGCAGUAUGUAGGAUCUGGCGCCAUCUAGCGGUGAGGUUGCAUAUUGCAACCAACGGACACUUCUGUAGGAACUGAACUACGGCAGCCGACGUGAAAACGCGAAAAUGCAAAUGGCCCCAUCUAGAGUCAGUGUGUGGUUUGUCCUUUCAGGGCUACUGUAGAAACAUGGCGGACUCCGUCUCCGUAUGUAGAUAUAAACGGCUCAAUCGAAGGUCACGAAAAAAACAAGGAUUCAUAUAUUCAGGUGAUUAUAAAUUAAAGAAAGAUUUCUGCCAAUAAACCUCCCUUAAUGCUUGACAUUCUACAUUUAAUGUUAUCGAGAAGAACUUUAAAUGAUGAUUUAAAACACACUUUAAUCAUUAAUGAGUCAGUAAUUGUUAUAUAUUGCUCCGUAUUGUGGUGUCAUGGAGCCCAGUUGAGACGUUGCGUAUCAACUGAAGGUCCGACAGGUAAAGCUGUCCACCUGUCUCCUCACCUGUCUCCUCACCUGUCCUGCAGACCAUGGCGGCAGCAGAGUCCAGCCCUCUGACCACUCACGUGCUGAACACCGUGGACGGCGUCCCGGCAGCCCGGAUGGCCCUCAGCCUGCACCGGCUCGACGCCAAGCUGAUGAUCUGGAGCAUGCUGAGUGUCGGGACAACAGAUGAAGAUGGCCGCUGCUCAGGACUCAUCGCUCGAGGAGCGUUCGGCCCCGGAAUGUACAAGCUCCGCUUUGAGACGGGUUCAUACUGGGACAGUCUGGGCCAGAACUCCUUCUACCCGUAUGUGGAGGUGAGCUGCAGGAUGCUGCGUUGGUCUUCUAUCACCAGAUCAACACACACACGUCAUUUCAGGCGCUCGUCCUUAAAAUGA